CGGUGCUCUCCCUCCGACACAACACACAAACACACUUACACACUGGCACACACUACAACCAUCAGGACCUUUCCUUUUCUCUCACUCACCCUUUCUCAUCCCUCAAUAUUGUGUAGUCUCCGUGUGGUGAAUCCGACGAGAUCUCGAACCUUUCGACUAAGAACCCUUGGGGAAAAUACAUGUCUUAAUUUUUUUUCGGCGAGUGACAGUGAGUUUCAGGCCUUUUCCCGGCCGAUCUUAACGGCAACGUCACUCCAUCUUGGUGAGACGUUCUCGGAGGACGAGCGUAGCCAGGUGAGACUUGGGGGCUACGACUCUGCUACGUACCAGUUCUAGUUAGAAGUUCGUGUUGGUGGCUCACGAGGAUUCUACGAUGGUUCUGAUAGACAUCCAUCAAUAACCAUGCCGCCUCGAAGAGAACCACGUACUUCCUCCGAAUCUAACUUUCCUGAUAUUGGCCAAUUGGGUGAGGCCAUUGCUAAUGUCAUUCAGUCUUCAUUGUGCCUUCCCCAGUGGACUCCCCUGGAGACAAUUUAUAAUUUAAAGUUGAAUAAUUUUGUUGGUACUGAGGAGCCUGAGGAAGCUGAGUGUUGGCUCAAUCAUGUCGAGAAAACUUAUCGAGUGAUGCAAAGGCAUGAGAAUUUCCCUGAGGAUAGAUGGGUAGAGAUGACUACUUGGUUUAUAGGUGAGGAGGUUGCAUCCUGGUGGAGGAAGGAAUCUUUUCAGUUGUCACUAGAAGAAGCCGCAGACUGGGAGGUUUUUAAGCAGCUAUUCCAGAAGAGAUUUGUACCUCCAGAGUAUAUAGAUCGUAAGAAGCAAGAAUUCACGCAUCUAAAGCAAGGGAAAAUGUCAACUAAUGAGUACUAUGGAAAGUUCAUUGAUUUAUCUCGGUAUUGUCCGGAGAUUGCUGAGAAUCCUGCUGAGAUGCUUCGACAAUUCAAGUGGGGUACUCGAAAGAAGUGGCGUUCUAUAGCGACCACGAUUCCCUGCUCUACAUGUCAGGAGUUUUAUGAGAUUCUACUGCGGGUUGAGGAUUCUGAAAUGAUGCCCAGUGAUAGUGAGGAAGAGGAAGAAAAAGAUAAUAAUCAGAAGAAAAACAAUAAUAAAGAUAAAGGUCAGUCAUUACAGGGACCUCGUAAAACGCAGAGUUUUAAGAGAAGUGGUAUUAGUUCUGGCUCUUCUAGUGGGGGUUCGAGUUCCACGGCACCGUGGAGGGGUGGUCAUUCAGGAGGUUCCCGCUUUCAGAGACAGAGGGAUUUUAGUGGUUCUGGUGAUCCAUUCUGCCAUAGGUGUAAUGGUCAACAUUUUAGGGAUUGCAGACAGGGCAGCAGAAGAUGUUUUGUUUGUGGUCGGACGGGACAUCGGGCUGUUCAAUGCCCACAGAACCAACAGAAAUCCCAGCCACCUGCCUUACCACCAGCAGUUCCACUUCAGCAGGUCCCAGGGCCUAGUGCUUAUACCUCGACGAGUUAUGGGGGUGCAUAUCAUUAUCAGGGAGAUAUAGCUCCAUAUUUUGGAGGACAAUAUCAGUACCCACACGAUCUGUAUCAUCAGAGUGGUUAUGCUCAGUAUCCAGGAGGUUACACACCAUAUCCACCAUAUUUAGGUGGUGGAUCACAGUGGUAUCCUGGAUGGCAGUCCCAGAACGUUGAGGUUGCUUCUAGCAGUGCAGGAUCAUCGAGGCAGCCUAAUCAGCCUUGUCAGGGACGUGGAAAUCAGACUAAUGGAGGUCGCAGAGGACGACAACAGCCACAUGGCCAUGUUCACCACAUUACUCUGCAGGAUGCGUGGAGUAAUCCUGACCUUAUCAUGAUGGUUUCACAUAUAGGCGAGAUGUUCCAAGAGGACAAGCGUAGCGAGGCGAGACUUGGGGGCUAUGACCCUGCUACAUACCAGUUCUAGUUAGAAGUUCGUGUUGGUGGCUCACGAGGAUUCUACGACGGUUAUGACAGACAUCCAUCAAUGUAGGGUUCUCUUUCAUAUCCUGUAUAAGUAGUAUUUAGCUUGCUGGACUGCACUUUGGUACCUAUGCUCUAAUUAUGUGUAUCUACAUUCUAAUACUUCCACUCGUACUUAUAUACUAAUCUAGUGUAAGUUAGUUUGGUUUUUAUUUAGCUACAUUAUCUUAACACCUUCAUUUCCUCACGGCACACAUGACUACGUCACCCUUACUUGACGGCUAGCAUGCCUCGAUUUAGGUCAGGGUGUGUCAAUAAAAGUAUGCGUCUUUGAUUCCAUAAAAA